AUGCCCACAGAGUCAUCCUUCCCCCUCAGCUCCGUCCCUCCGCACCCUCCAGACUCGGCCAUCCUCAAAUGCUCCCUGUGCGGGGUGCCGAACCCCUCAUCCACAGUCCUCGUCCCGACCUCGGAUUGUAUCGGCUUGUCGGACCCGGAUCAUGGUGAGAGAGUGUGUUUGGAGUGUGCGGCUAUGAUGGGUGUGCGUCCUGUUCUUCCGGCAGACGGUGGGGAACAGCAGGGGCUGGAAAGGAGUGGGCUUGGACGCGUAAACAGCACAGAUGGAGCAGUGGAGGAGUCCUCUGAGAGGAUAUCUUUGGGGAGAGCGGAGAGCGGUAGGACAGAGGAUGAACCUGGUGGGGAUCAGACCAGGGGUGCAGAGACCGAUACUCCUGAACCCCAGCUCUCACCACCCCGAUUGUCCUAUAUACCCCCAGACGACCUUUCUCGGCCGCAAUCUACAUCAUCCUCCUCAUCCCUCGCUUCAUCUUCUUCCCCCCUACCUCCACAUCCAAAGACUAUCCCUCCCGCCAGCUCAAAGGCUGAAACAAUCAGCCCGAUCGACAUUUGGAAUGCCACCAGGGACGAAGGCCCACCUCAUCGCAUCAACCAAGUCGCGAACCUCAGACAGCCCAAUGUCUGCCGCGGUUCCAUAUACCCGGGGAGUGUCUUCAAGGGCAAACAGACGAGUGGGAGAAGCUCAUACGAUGUUGAAAUCCGAUUCAUCGAAGUCGACUUUGCCAACUCCCACCUCUCUGGAUACCUCUCCAUCGUCGGCCUUACUGAAACUCAUCCCCACCUCACUACUCUCUUUACAGCCGAAAUCAUCGGUCCCAAAUACGGUUUCCUCACAGGCCCGCGCUAUGCUGCUUCAGAGCAAGAUGAUCUCCGGCACUGGGGCCGCUUUGAGCAGUUCCGCAGGGGGUCUACUAGAGAUGAUCUAAGAGGGGAGGAGCUGUUUUUGAGAGAGGUUGGGGAGGAUGAGAGGGAGAGGGAUUUUGUGUUUAUGAGGAUGAAGGAGAGGUUUUUGGUGCCGGAUCAUAGUGUGAAGGAUAUCUCUGGGGCGAGUUUUGCAGGCUUCUAUUAUGCCAUGAUAGACUUUGGCCCAUCCCUCGCCAUGCCUUCAAUAUCACCCAGAACAGCACCUCAACCCACAGAUACCCACCAAACAUCAACAGUCGAGCCCGUUGCGCCAGGGCAGAACCUUGGCGAUCUUGGCCGUUUGAGGAGAGGGCUCAGACCGGGAGCGGAGAGAAAGUCGAGUGGAGGGGUGAAGCGUGAGGAUUCGUCGGUGACAGGGAGAGAGGCUACGAUCCGAGGCGUACGUAACAUUGUAUUCCUUCUGUGA